AUGAACAGCGGAAAUUCUGCCCAGUCAUCGGCCUCUCAACCUGUUCAAGUGGCUCCCGGACCCAAUUCUCCAUCAUUCCCGCCGAGCAUGGACAGCCCCGCCGCACCUUACGACCCUGACGCCCCCAAGUACUUUUUCCAGGAGAAGUAUGCUCCUUUGAAUGUAAAGGGUAACUUCCUAACCCUAUGUGCUUGUCCGAAGAACGUGGAGCUUGGAGAAUGGCUGGCUCAUCAAAUUGUUGAACAAUACCGCCUGCUCCACGGCAUGCUUCAGGUGAUUCAGGAGGUCAAUGGUGUCACUGGCUUGCCUAUCUGCAAUGAGAGCACCUGUCCAACUAUGUCUGCGGGUCGUUUGACCUACACUUGGCUUGUCGACGGCCGCGCCGCCAAGAUCUCCGCUCCCAAGUUCAUCAAUCGUGUUGAAAAGUGGAUCGUCAGCAAGAUUCAUGACCCGGUCAUGUUCCCCACCGAGAAGGUCACCGGCACCCCAGAAACCUUUGCACUGCAUGAAGCUACAAGUGUCAAUCCUGGUAGCCCCGACGCAAACUCUACCGGCGAGGAGUGGAUUGGCAAGUCCAGCGGCUUUCCUCAGACUUUCUACAAGGACUGCCAAGGCAUUAUGAAACAGAUGUUCCGUUGCUAUGCCCAUAUGUACCACGCACAUUGGUUGAAUCCGUUUUGGCACAUCAACAAGCAUGACAUCUUGAACAUGUGCUUCGUCCAUUUCGUCACCGUCGCGAAAUACUACAAGCUGGUUUCCGACAAGGAGAUGGAGCCUAUGCAGCCCCUGAUUGACUUGUUCAUCAAACAACAGCGUAUCCCCCAGGAGGCACUUGCGGGAGGUCACUGGGGACAGCCAAGCUCUAGCUGA